AUGUCUCACAACUACUCCUACAGACGACCACCACCAGCUAAAGAUCUAAGAGCCAGCGCUUUCGACUCUCCAGAUCACCUGCACCCUGGAGACCACAGUCACAAUGUUUACAGAUCGUCCCAGGAGGCUCCGUCUCAUUCCACAAUACCAUCCUACCCAUCCUCCUCAUCCAGAGCCUCCGCUGCCACCGAGUCCCCUUACUCCUUCUCACUAAGCCAGUCAGACCCUUACUCCUCCCUAAGCCGGUCAGACCCUUACUCUUCCUCUCUAAGCCGGUCAGAUCAAACUCUGACCCUCCUGAGCAGCUGUGGGCUUGAGCCCAAAGACUUGUCUCUACUAGCCGAGAUGCCUGAGGAGCUCAUCACUGUGGAGAACCUACCACGUCUGCUCCUGGAGAUCAGAAAGAAGAGGGCGACACAGCAGCCACCAUAUCCAGCUAUGACCUCUUACCCCCCUGCUGCCACAUCUCGCCCCCCCACUGCUACCCCUCCUCCAGGCCGUGCGUGGGAGCAGCCUGACCAGAGUCGUUCUCAGCCAUUAGACUACCCCCACCCCGCUCUUCCGCCUUCCCAACUCCUUCCCACAGAACAGGCUGAGCCCUGGCAACUAGAUCGUCAUGGCAACCCGAUGCAGUACACACGCUCUCGCCUGGAACCUGUGCCUGUCCGAGUUGUGGACUACCACUAUGGUAAAGAAACUCCCAGAAGUUACCAAACUCCUAGGUCCACUUACAACACGGCCCAAGGAGGAAGCAGCAACACCUGGAAACCCCCCAACUCAUCCCAACCAGCAGUAGAUUACAGGUACCCACCACCUACAGACUACAGACCACGCCCAGACCAAGAUGUCCCAGUUGUCACAAUCAAGAUGGCCACCUCUGGCAAAACUCCCACCAAGAAGGCUGCUCUUGACUUCCACGGAGAAAUCCCCCAAACUUCUGGUUCACACACGUCAAUGGAACUCAACAUGCAGACGGACAGCUCACACUUCUUCAAAUGUAUCCUGAAUGGGAUUGCCGGAUGCAGACCGCCAGAAGGUAAACUGUCAAGUAGCGGCUCUAGAAAAAACGUAGACACUAAGACAAAGGUUACAAAGGGGAGUGGCAAAGUGGUUUGUGCCAAAUUUACCGCCCGGUGUCUCAACGAAGAUGGUUUGAAGGACCUGAUUAAACCGUUUGGGGAAGUUGUGAAAGUCAUCAUGUUCCCUGCUUUGCUUCAGGCGUUUGUGGAGAUGGGCUCAACUGACCAGGCCGCCGAUAUUGUGACAUACUACCUCAGUAACCCAGUGAUGGUGAAAGGAGGACAAGUCACCUUCUCUGUCUCGUCAACAUUUAAUUUCCUACAGGCAUUUGUGGAAAUGACUAAUGCACUGGAUGCACAGAAGCUGGUUGGACACCAUACAUCCAAACACCUGAAAAUAGAUGAGAUACAUAUUAAAGUGGCCUUCUCAUCAGAGUAUAAUACACUUCGGACCAUGUCUGAGAGGAAGUCUUCAGACAGGAGCAGGAAGUCUGAAGACAGAUCGAAGAGAAAGAGAACCCCAAGCCCCAGAAGGCGGUCCCUCAGCCCCAGGAGAGAUUCCCCAAUCUCCUCAAAGAGGAGGAGGAGUAGAGAGAGGGAUAGCGACCGUCACAAAGAACGGGCGAAAUCAAACUGUGGGGGUAAAAACAGGCCAAAGUCCCCCAGCAAACAGAGCUCCAGUCGGUCCCCCAGAAGCCUUCGCUCCCAUACUAAAGAGCGGGUGUCCAGUGAGAAGGUAUCCCCCAUUUCCUCAUCCACUCGCUCACAACCUCCCACCAAGAAUAAGACCCCAUCCCAGUCCUCCACUGUGAUGGAGAAGUCCAAAAAGGCUGUCGACACGAUUGACCAGAGCAAGCAAGAAACUGCGACCCACGACAGCCAGGAGGAUGGAGCCAUGGAGGCCUGUGAUAUGGACAGUGACAUCGAGGGGAUGGCCGUGUAUGGGGAGGAUGGGGAGGAGAACUCUGACAUGGGAGAGGUGGGGGAGGGAGAGGAACGAGAUGAACUGCAGGAGAGUGCUGAGGACUUAAUCCAGGAGUUUAAAGACCUAUGUGAGCCCAGGCAGAAAGCAACUUCUGGGACUGUAGAUGAUGCUCCUACAGAAGAGCUCUCAGCUACCGGGUCAGAACAGGGGAAAGAGCUCUCAGCUCCCGUUAAAUCCUAA